AUGGCGUCUUUGGUUGAUUCCGUCACCGUAACCCGCGUGUUUAUUUUUCCGAUCGCAUCUUCGAUUGGUGCCGUCGGCAGGAAGCCGGAUUUCUCCAGUCAAGUUAAUGAAACCAAAAGGUUACAAGGCUUCGCCGAGUCAGGGGUGAAUCACAUAUCUAGAUACGUUCACGGUGAACGAGUCGUCUCCGAGGUUCAUGACACCAUUGCCGCCACCGUCGAAGGGAUGAAUCGCUCUCCAUUAACGAGAGAGAUGAUAAACAAAGUCUAUAAGACGAUUUUCAAUAUGUUGAGUCUCUGGUUUUCCUUUUUCUGUGAUUUGACCAAGUUUGGCGAUAUCCAGAGGAAACCCGUGAUCUGCUUCCUAAUUGAAUGCCUCAUUUCCCCCAAACUUUGUGGCUUUUACAUCCUUGGAUCAUGUGACGCCCACAUGGAAGGAUACUUGAUAUGUUCCCCCGCCAAAGAUGCCUUGGCUAUCAAUGAACGCAACACUUCUCAUCCAACUUGGGCUUAUGUUGAGUAA